AUGUCGAGUAACGAGACGACGCAUCGCAAGAAAACGUUUGUGGGGUCCGAGCCAGACGCCCCGGAGACUUUACUGCCCCCCGGAGAGACGCUGCUCUGUGAAGUGAUGCAGAAGUUCAGGAGUAUUAAAGAUUUCUGUAUAUCCUGCGGAAGUUUGAGGGGCCCCCUGGAGCACCCCUUGUUUUACGGUGGGAUGUGCCAGCGAUGCAUGAGAUGGUUCGUGGAGUGGGGCUACCAGCUGGACGACGAUGGCUACCAGUCAUACUGCAGUGUCUGCUGCUCCGGGGAGGAGGUGCUCAUGUGUGGGAAUGCCAGCUGCUGGAGGUGUUUCUGCGUGGAAUGCGUGGAGCUGUUCGUGGGCCCCGGCGCGGCUCAGGCGGCCAUUAAAGAGGAUCCCUGGAUCUGCUACAUGUGUGACCGCAGGGGAUCCCACGGGCUGCUCAGACGCAGGGAUGACUGGCCCUCUCGCCUGCGGGAGAUACUGUCUAAUAGCCACGACCAGGAGUUUGACCCGCCGAAGCUCUACCUGCCUCUACCAGCCCGGGCGAGGAAGCCGAUCCGUGUCCUGUCGUUAUUCGAUGGCAUUGCCACAGGUCUGCUGGUGUUAAAAAACCUCAGGAUUCAGGUGGAGCGAUACGUGGCGUCAGAGGUCUGCGAGGACGCCAUCGCGGUGGGGACAGUGCAACACCCGGGCGAGAUAACAUACGUGGGGAACGUACAACAUAUCACAAGGAAACAGAUUCAGGAAUGGGGGCCUUUCGAUCUGCUAAUCGGGGGGAGUCCGUGUAACGACCUGUCAAUCGUCAACCCGGCUCGCAAAGGGAUUUACGCCGGCACCGGAAGCCUCUUUUUUGAUUUCCCUCGUCUUCUUCGCGAAGCUCAGCCCAAGGCGGAUGACGACCGCCCGUUCUUCUGGCUUUUUGAAAAUGUCGUGGCCAUGGACAGCAGCUUCAAGGCGGUGAUCUCCCAGCAUCUGGAGUCGAACCCGGUGCUGAUCGACGCCGGCGAAGUGUCAGCCGCCCGCAGGGCCCGUUACUUCUGGGGUAACCUUCCCGGUAUGAACAGGCCGCUGGUUUCCACAGCAAACGAUAAGCUGGAGCUGCAGGCCUGUCUGGAGCACGGCCGCGUAGCCAAGUUCAGCAAAGUCCGCACCAUCACCACGCGGUCCAACUCCAUCAAGCAGGGCAAAGACCAGCAAUACCCGGUCUACAGCAACGACAAGGAGGACCUCCUGUGGUGCACGGAGAUGGAGAGGGUCUUCGGCUUCCCGGCCCAUUACACGGACGUCUCGAACAUGACCCGGCCGGCGCGCCAGAGGCUUUUGGGGCGAUCGUGGAGCGUCCCCGUUAUCCGUCACCUUUUUGCCCCCCUGAAGGAGUAUUUCGCUAGCAUGUGA